AUGCUUGGUGACGCCGAACUCCAAGCGCUUGGGGGUAACCUCAGGGCCGUCUCGGAAGAAAACCAGAAACAGCAGCAUGACCUGCAGAAGCUUCUCGAUCAGUUCCAGUCUCUACUAGAUAGUUAUAGCCGCCUGAAGAGCGACUAUGAGGAGGAGAAAGAGGGGCGAGAGAGGUACAAAAAGCUGGCAAAAACCCAGGAACGGAAUCCAUUUGUGCUGGUCCUAGUUGACGGCGAUGGCUAUCUGUUCAAAGACCAUCUCAUCAAAUCCGGCGCUCAAGGUGGAGUGAAAGCAGCGCAGCUACUAAGCGAAUCUAUUACGGACCUCAUCAAUGAGCGGCUCGGGAGCCAAGCGGAUCAAUGUCGGAUCAUGGUGCGCAUUUAUUCCAACGUUCUCGGGCUGUCGAAGACUUUGGCUCGUGUCGGGCUUGUGGGAAAUGAAGCACGGUCGUUCUCGAGCUUUACUUCGAGCUUUACCCGCGCCCAGGACUUAUUCGACUAUGUCGAUGCUGGCGACAAGAAGGAAGGCGCCGAUUAUAAAAUCAGAGGUGCCAUUAUCCUAGAGCCUGAGAUGUUCCGCUUGUUCGCAGACAAUCAGCAGUGCAAGCAUAUAUUCUUUGCCGGGUGCCACGAUACGGGCUAUUUGUCCUUGCUAACGCCAUACCGCGGCAAGACCGACCGUAUUACCUUGAUUAAGGCUGCUUCGUUCCAUCAUGAGUUCGACGGCCUCGAUUUCGCCGUACGCGAGCUUCCCGGAGUUUUUAUGUCAACUCAGUUUGGUGGAAGCCAUAUUCCGGCUCCUAUUCCACCUACCGCUCCUGCUAAUCCACCUGCUCCGAAAGUCUGCGCCCAUUAUCAAAAGGGCAUCUGCCGCUAUGGCAAUAAAUGUACAAAGGUACACCAAGACCCCAACCAGAAGUUAUCCAAAACAGUAGAGGAUAACUUCGUCCCCUCGACACCGUCCCAUUCAAAAGAUUCCAAAGCGGAGAUUCGAGGCCACAAACCCAACUCUGCAUCACUUCCUAUUAUAGAUUCCAGGUCACUGGAGUUUAUCCCAAUGAACAAGGACGGGGAACGUAUUGACCCUUAUGUCCCUCCCCCAUCCAAGGAUAGCUGGGACAAGUACAAGCGGCGCGCCGCUCUAUGCAAACCGUGCAACAACUAUUAUCUCGCUGGCUGCUGUAAUAGCGAGAACUGCGAACUCGACCACCGGCCUAUUGAGGUUGACACACUCAAUGUGCUGAACUGCAAGAGCUUUAAAACUUGCAAGUUCGGCCGACAUGCCCACUUUUUGGAUUACGCCGUGACUCGGUGGGAGGAGCCGAUUGAACGACAGACAUCUGAUGACUCUCCGGCUAGUGAGACGUCGGAAAAUACCACUUCUACGGAUGAUAUGAGAUAUGCCGACGAGUCUCCGGUUGGAGUUGCCGUGCAAAGUACAGCAUGA